GGGGAGGUGGAGGUGAUAAGUUUUGUGGUGUAGGUAACCGCUAUUGCAUAGCAAAAAAAAAAAAAAAAAAACAAUAUUUAUUGUGAAUCAAAAUGUCAACAGCAAAAGUACAAGAUAUGCCGCCCCCAGGAGGCUAUCAGUCAAUAAAGUUUGCAAGGAUACCUGCCAAGACAUAUUUUAGCGGUUCGACUAUGAUACUAGGAUACUUUGGAAUAACCGCUGCUGGAUUGUAUGCAUACUACUUGAACUAUCGUCUUAUUCGUCGUGAGGAGAUCGAGAUGAGAAGUGGACGACUUGCAGUUUUUCCAAUGUUGCUUGCCGAGAGGGACAGAGAAUACUUGAAACAACUCCGACGUAACAGAGAUGAAGAAGCUAGUCUCAUGUCUAAAGUAGAAGGCUGGGAAGUUGGUACAUACUAUGGAGAGCCGGUAUAUAAAACUCUUCCAAAAGACACUUUAGUGGACCCAAUGUACCAAGAAUAUUAUGCUCAUUCCUCAUAUGGAGAUGCAGUUCGACGUUACAACCUGAAGAAUUGGUCAUAAAUGUAUUAAGAAGAUACAUUUUGAAUUAGUACUUGUACAUGUACAUGUUGUGGCAGUGUGAAUAUAUAAUAAAUGUGUAACUUCUUUAA